AUGGCAAUCAAGUAUGCUGGAGCAGGUCUGAUCGAGCAUCAGUGCGUCGGGGACAGUCUUACGCGGGCAUUUCGGCAGGUGGAACAGCGGAGGUGGUGGCAAGAAGUGGACAAUGCUGCGCCGCAGACGUUCCGCCACCAAAAAUCAACGGGACUUCGAGGGGCGUUGACCCCAGACGGCAAGUUCUCGAGAACUGCUACUUCAAAAUCCAGCCCAACCACAUUGCGCCGUCAGAGUGUUCGAAACAGCAUCAUCUCGCACCGUACCAAACACUCCAAAAACAACGACGAGGGCAGCCACGUCUUCUACAACUCCAUCCAACAAUCCCCCAGCUCAGUUGAGCGCAUAGUCUGGAGAGCUUCGAGCAUUACCACAGUUAUUCUGCCAGAAGGGAUGGAAGACGCCAAUCACUCCACCCUAUUCAUCCUCCAAUCGCAUGCUCGACCACGCGGCAGACUGAUCUCAUCAUGA